AUGGCUUCACAAGACCCCGGCCUCCAAUCUCUUGAUCCGAAGCUUUACAGCGACGACGAUGACGAAGAAGACAUCUUCUGGAAACGAAAACUCGAGGCCUUGCUUAACGGCGACGUGACACCAUCCCAAGCCGCUACAGACUUUGACUCGUGCGUCGUCGAGGAGGCCAACACAUGCCACGUAGAGCUCCUCAAACGGCCUGAUCCCAGAAGUCUCACGGUCGAAGAGGAAGAGAACGGAGUGCCCAGUACCCGUGCGAUCGCACCGAACCCCAGCGGAAAUAUCGAGCUUGUCUUUCCGUGGAUUGCCACGCUGUGCUCUGCUUUCCCACCGCAUCACGAGAAACAAGAUAAAAUUAUCCAAUUUCUUGAAGCGCUGCGGGAUAUGCCCAAGCAUGAUGUGUAUGAGGGUGUUCCCCCUGAGAAUUCCGAUGAGCCCUAUAACACCACCACAUUAUGGCCAUUUGGAGGAAACUGGAUGGCAUUGGCUGAAGUGUUUCGAAUAGAGACAUAUGAAUUCUCCUAUCCAUACUCCAAUAUCGAAACACCCGGAAGCGAAACCCAACUUCGCUGGCGAAACUUCCAAUCUGCCAUCGCACGACUCACCUCGUCGGGGCUGAUCAACUGCAGCGUCCUCUGCGCCCUCGCCGACAUUCUCCCAUCCAGCCAGAGCUAUCCCGACCUCGAGAAACGCAAGGUAGGAGGACCGAAUAGAGUUGGUGGUGAUGUAAUCGCAGGCGCACAGUGGGUUUUAUGGCCUGGGCAAGGUCAAUAUGUGUAUCAGGAAUGUAGAAAGAAGGAUGAUAUCGAUGGUCCGAGGCAAAUGUGGAGUAUGCAGCACUGGAAGCAGUGGAAGGAACAGUUCGAGUUUGUUGCUGGGGAUGAGAGAUUCGGGGAACAGGCACGGCUUGUGGCGAGGUUGGCACGGCAUCAGAUGCUGGCUUACGAGGAUGAGUGA